ACUCGUUUUAAAUGAAUGAAUGAACCUUAAAACGUAUCUCUAUUCCUUGCUCUCUUUGUUCGAUUCUACUAUCCUCCUAACUAAUCUGUUAGGGUUUUUACUUUUAACGUUUCCCUUUCGCCUAACACUUAACCGAUCCAUCUUCUCCGCUGCCCAAGGUUAUCCCCCACAAUCAUCCGCUGAAUCCAUCCAUCACCGCUCAUCCACAAAUUCCGAAGUAUUAGAUUUUAAUGUAAAAAAAUUAUUACACGGUUCUUUCGAUAAUAAAUGGCUUUCCAAGCGUCAUUUAAAACAAUCCAACGCGUCUCGCGUUGAUGGCCAACACACUCGAAAGAAUCCUUUGAUCUCACAAAAUCACCGCCUGCCUUCUCAUAUAUAUUUCGAUCUGGAGGAUCUAACUUACCCCGAUUCCAUCGGAGAUUCUGAAAUAUCCUUCACGCAAAAUCAUAUUCAUCACCAAACCCCAACAAUAAACACUAAAAUGAGUCAUUUCGAAAAUUCGGAAUAUUUUAAUCCCUCGCACCCUAACCGAAAUUCGCGCGUGCAUUAUAAUUCUGUGCCGGAUGAGAAUCGUUUCGAUUUCAACGAUUAUUACUACGAUAGUAUAUUAGAUUCUGAAUAUUCUCUCCCCACGUAUGGACCAAUCAUAAUACGACCGCUUACGAAUGUGACAGCGAGCGAUCAAGGUGUCGCGAGUUUCUUUUGCGAGGUCAUCGCUCAUCCUCGUCCCGUGUUCACUUGGACCGUUAGGGGCAAAAAUUUGACCGGAAAAAGGUUUCAAGUUCUGGAGAUGGAGAAAGGUAGAUUAGGCUCCGUGCUGCGGAUCGAGCCCCUAAGCGCGGAAAAGGAUAAAAAUUCUUCCGUGAAGUGCGAAGUAUUCAACGAGUACGGAACUGUGUCGUCCCAAGCCAAUUUAGCAGUGUUACAAGCAAAAACAUUACCACCAGGUUUUCCUGCUAUCAUUCAGGGUCCUAAGAGAAAAGUAGUAGAAUAUGGCACCUCUUUUUCCAUUCCUUGCAAUACCAUUGGCCAACCCUCGCCUCGAGUGGAUUGGUUAAAAAAUUACGCGCCGAUAAUUUUUUUAACAGAUCAUGCCGAAGCAACAUCGUCGCAAAUGGAUCAAUCAGGGAAUUCCGAAGGUGUUUGGAGAAGGCAUAAACUGCUUAAUAAUGGCUGGUUACUGGUAGAAAAUGCAGAAUAUAGCGAUGAAGGGGAAUAUCAAUGCAUGGCUACAAAUAAGCAUGGUUCGGCUUACAGUCCAACCAUAGCUAAAAUAUGGGUUAAAGAAAGAAGAAUUCCCCCUUACUUUUCCAUACUACCUCCCCUUACCGUCCAAAUAGCAAAGGCUGUUUCCGGAGCAACUUACCCCGGUUCCACUAAAACAAGGACAAACGAUUAUAGAAAAAAUAUAACUUGCGUGGCCGUCGGAUCGCCUAUGCCAUUAGUGAGGUGGAAAAAGAUAUCUCCCGUCUCUACCAAACAGCGACCCUAUAACAAGCAGAACAAUUUGGGAUUUCCCAAAUUAUUUCAUAAUCAUGUUAAUGAGCUUCGAAACGACGAUAUCGAUGACAUGAUCGAAGAUGAGAUGAAUGACGAAUUUGACCAGGAUCGCGCGGAAGAUGGUGGCGAUAGGGAAAUGUAUCAAGAAUUUUAUCGGGAUUUUAAUCAAGCGGACACUACGUCGAUUGAUAGCUUUGGAAAUGGUUACAUGGGAAAAGUUACCAUUGGCAAAAACGUUCUGCAAAUCGGACCUCUGGAGACAGGCGCCAAUUUUACUUGCAUUGCUGUUUCUAAGCUCGGUACUAUACAAGCUAUCACCCGAAUUUUGGUCAGAGACCUACCUGGCGCCCCGACAUUUUUAAACCUUUUAAACGUAACCAGUUCAUCAAUCAUGAUCAGCUGGGACGAAGUCACAGAGCCAAAAUUAUCUGAUGCCCCGCACCUAUCUUACGAAAUACGAGUUACCACCAUUUCGAACCGCGACAAUCCAAGCGUUCUCGAACGAGAAGAAAUAGUUAUGACGAAAAUGAGCGAAAAACCUUUUACCCUGCUCAAAUACCUGAAGCCCUCUACGCCUUACCAUAUUUCGGUGAGGGCUACCUCCAUUAUUGGACCCGGUGAUUGGUCGGAACCUCUAGCGAUCACUACUUUGGAAGACGUUCCAUCGUCUCCACCCAAAAACAUUAGAGUUAGAGCUUUGAGCGAUACAGAGUUCAGCGUAAAAUGGGAAAAACCCGACAAUUCAAAUGGACUAAUAAAAGCUUACAUCCUUUACUACACCAACAUUACGAACCUCGAAAGUAUUUCCCAAUUACAAUUAGCUUCUGACUCCGACGACCCGAAGAAUUUCGAGAAUAUUCGACGCGUCUUUUCUCAUACUAACGAUCACUUGCCUUUGUCUCGAUGGAAAGAGUUGGUUUUACCUAAUCAAGAUCAAUCGAAGAUGAUGGUUUUUACCGUAAAAAAUUUGGAACCCCUAACCCUCUACACCGUUAGGAUGAGAGUCGCCAAUUCGUUGGGUCGGAGCGCACCAUCCGACCCCGUAUCAGUUUUUACUUCUCCCGAAAUACCAGGUCAAAUCACUAAUUUCGCCGGGAAGGUACUCAAUAGAACGAGCGUUAUUCUUAGUUGGUCGCAGAGUUAUGAUUUUGAAUUGUUUACAUCCUAUCUCUUAUACGUAUGGAAGGCGGAAGCGUCUAAAAAUGGUCACGGUGACAAUGAUAGCAUGCGAAUCGUUAUCGAUAACCCAGGUGUUUUAAAUUACACGCUUAUCAAUCUGGUUACCGGUACCUUAUAUCAAGCGAGGAUCGCGUUGAUAUCUGGACAAUAUAUGGGGGUUCCUUCUAAUACUAUCACCUUAAUAACUCCAUCUACUGAAAAUAAGGAUGAUGAUGAUGUCGAUUUCGCAAAUAUCGGCGAAAUGCCUACAAGAUACGAAAACAAUUUUCUAAAGCUUAGCGGUCUGCCACUCAAUGGAGUCAGCUUACGCGUUGUAGCGGUCAUAGACGGGCGUUUUUGGGCCCAUUUCAACGAGGAGGAAGAUGUGAAGACUAUUAAAGGGUUUAUUAUCCAUUCUAUGACUGCUCCUUCAAACGCGACAGACAUUAUUUAUGGCAGCGAAUCGCCGAAAAAUAUAUUCGUUUCUUUGUCCGAAGCGAACACCCCCGAUCCCGAGGCAAAAGGGGAACCCCGAAAUGAUUUUCAUGUCUCUAGUAAAACUUUGAGUAGAGAAAUAACGGGACUUAGACCAUUCACGCUCUAUAAGAUUUGGAUGGAUGUACGAGAUACAAAAUACCCUUUAGGAAAUGCCCGCUAUAGUUCCGCACCCAUAUUCGUAAAGACUGCGGAAGACGUGCCGGGAGAGCCGCGUAACGUUACCCUCUUGGCCUUGAACUCGAGUUCCGUAUCCGUCCACUGGCAGCCGCCGCACGAGAAUGAAAGGAACGGCGAAAUCAUGGGAUAUUUGGUCCACUAUAGACAGGUGCUAGCAAAAGGUAAGCACAUAGGCCCUUUCAAGCAAUUAACGAUCCCGGAUGGGAACGUCGGAAACAUAGAUUUGGCUGACUUGAAAGCUGACUCGUUUUACAAAGUCCAAUUGUCGGCCUUCACUCGGAAAGGUGACGGCUACAGGAGCAAAGCAAAAAUAGUCAAAACAAUGGGAGGAGUUCCCACUAGCCCCAACCUGUCGUUGAGACUGCUGGAGGAAUACCCGGAGUUGAUAGUCCAGGCGGAAUGGACUAGGCCACUUAUCACCUACGGACCCCUUCUGGGAUACAAAUUAUCCUUCAAACCGGUCUAUCCCGAGUCCUCGUAUUCAACGAAUACCGGAAGGGAGUUAGGAAACGAAAACGAUUUGAGCGGGUCUAAAAGCGUGGAUUUGGAGGGUGGCGAUAUUUACUACUACAAUUUCGAACAUUUGGAAAGGGGCAAGAACUAUUUGUUCAAACUAUCGGCCAAGAAUUCUAGAGGCUACGGCGAGGAGAUACUCAAAUAUUUUGAAACUCCGGAAGGAAUACCGACCAAAGCUCCCGUUAAUCUCACGUACGAAUUCAAGACUCCUACGACUAUAAAUUUCGGAUGGUCAUUGGACCCUGACCCGACAUCUUGGAAUGGACAGAUAACCUUGCACGAAUUGUCCUAUUACGACUUGGCCACACAGUCGGACACUAUAUCUCGCAACUCUACCAAUCCGCGUUCCGUUGUGAAGGGUCUCAAAAUAGGGAGUUCUUACUCCUUUCGAAUCAGGUGCUUCACAGCAAAGGGUGCUAGUCCUUGGUCACCAGCCCUAACCAUCCACUUGUCCUCCAAAGAAGCGUCCCCUCCAGUCAGGAAUGUUAAAGGUUACGCCAUAUCUAACACUUCAGCAUCUAUCUAUUGGGAUCCACCGGUAUUGGACAAUAUAACCUCCCUAUCAUCGACCGAUAUUACUCCUGUCAUAAAAUAUCAAAUUUUCUACACCUCGAAAGCUGAUCAGGAUUACGAUUAUUGGGAUUCGACGAUAUUCUCGAUCGAUUCCGAAUAUUUAAAUUUGAAUACCGGAUAUUUGUUCAAUAUUGGAAAACGCCUUAACGGCGACUUGAUAGAUUUAGAAUCCGGGACUGUUUACGCCAUUCAAAUAUCGGCUCUGACGGAUAAUGGUUUGGGUCAGUUAUCCGAACCAAUUGCAACGGUUAAAACUGAACCGGUUAAUAUCCCCGAUGAGUUGAGUCUCACGAAUGUAGGGAGUUUCGAGAUGAUUGUCAACUGGAAAAGUCCCGCGAUAUUUAGAGAUAUGGCAGCUCUCAAUAGCGAGGGACAACUGGAAUAUGAAAUAACAUACAAGGGUUUCAAACAUUUCACGAACGAGAACUCGACCAUGGUAACACUAAUCGUACCCCCAAAAGCCUUUAUUUCCAGGGAUUCUCAAGAUAUUUACAACUUUAAUUCAGCCAAGAUUACCGACCUGGAACCGUUUACCCAUUACGUAGUCGCGGUGAGGAUGGUAGCUGGGAAUAAGAAAGACAACGUCUUAGCAAAUGUGAACGAGGAAAGGGACAAGGAAGACCUAUCCAAUGAAGAUUGGCGGGAAAUUGACAAACCCGCCGCUAAAAUAUCCGCUAUAACUGAUACUACUGCCCCUGAGGCUUUCUCUUCUGCUCCUUACCCGUUGCCGACCCAAACUCUUAAAAGCGAUUCUUAUUUUCAUCCCAAAUGGGACGGAAUAAUCGGCCUACAUCUGCCUCGCACCUCUUCGCGGUACGGUCUUUUAAGCCAUUAUCUAUUGAUAGUCCUGCCCCAAGCCCACGAAAAGGCCGAAAAAAUCACGGGUCAUUCUAUCGUAAGAAGACACUUACACGUAACUGAUCACAACGAAAGCGAUAACAAUAUCUACACCCUCGACGAGUUAUCUUACUCCCCGCAUUAUAGCGACACGAAUUCUCCCUACAUUGCUGCUCUCAUCCCAGUCGCGAACACUGGGUUAAUGAAUCAUUUCCCUUUGGGUGACGGCAAAUUUUAUUUCACUUUCCUCAAUAGACCCUUAAGCCCUGGGUCGACUUACAAAGUAUUUGUCAGGGCAUUCACGGGUCAUUUCAACGCUGAAGAUUUGAUCAAGGAAGGAAACAAUUCUAGGACCUUCCAUUCUAAAUAUCAAAAAUUUACCUCGAGCCCCCUAAGCGCGCUUUUUGGCGGUGGUCCGUCUUCACUCGCGGAAGACGAUCAAGAUAAACUAGUUCCGGGUCAAAAUUUGGCCACCGACACUAACGAUAAUUUUAUAAUGGGCAAACGUUCAAAUCACAACACCAAGCAGCCUUUCGAAACGUACAACGAUUUUAGCGGCAAAAUAACGUCCCCCAAACCCGCCAUUUCCCUCAUGGUUAUUAUAUCCUUUUCCGUUCUGUUCGCCGCUUCUGUCAUAGGAUUGGCCGGCUACCUUUUUUGCGCUUACGGACGAAGGAAACGGAAAAACAGUGUAACAAAAAUACUCAAAGUCAACGGUGGCGGUAAAUGCGAAAGAUACGCCCUCAACACGAAGGUCGCUAUCUUAGAUCAUGACCGCGAGGAUGGAACUUUAGGUUCUCGCGAUAAUUUCAUGAAUCACAUCGGAUCGGAGUAUCAAAAUUUGUUGACGAGAGAAGAAAUUAACAACGAUCGCGAAACGACCACUGUCAUAGCCAACAAGGUUGCCCACUUGAAUUCCCACCCUCCUAUUCGUUUGUCGCAAUUGGCCAAGUAUUUUAGCGAGCUGAAGGCCGACGAUAACGCUUUACUAAAUAUGGAAUACCAGGCUAUAGACCCUGGUCAGCUAUUCACUUGGGAACAUAGCAAUCUUCCGAUCAAUAAGCUUAAAAAUAGGUACGCUAAUGUCGUGGCCUACGAUCAUACUAGGGUCGUUUUACGGGCCAACCGCGAUUCGUUUCGCCAGCAGAGAGAAUUUUACGUUUCGGGGAAGAGUAACGAUUACAUCAACGCUAAUUAUAUCGACGGUUACGAUAAGCCGACGGCUUAUAUAGCUACCCAAGGUCCAUUACCGGAAACGGUAACCGAUUUUUGGCGCAUGGUUUGGCAACAAAAUUCUUGCACUAUCGUUAUGUUAACUAAGCUGGAGGAGCGAACGCGGAUCAAAUGCGAUAAAUAUUGGCCUGACAAGGGUAUCCUGGAUAUUUACGGGAACGGGAAAGAUAAGGACAUCAACGAAACCUUAGAAAAUUAUCGUCUGCUGAUGGGGAAGGGUUCCCCGGAGGAAGAGGAGCUAUUGCAGAAUUGCGUGGUGGAUUGCGUCGAACUAGCUACGUACACCAUUCGAACAUUUUGCCUACAAAAUCUGGUUACGAAAGAAAAACGUGAGAUUAAGCAAUUUCAAUACACGGCUUGGCCCGACCACGGGGUGCCUUCGGACCCCACGCCUUUCCUCAAUUUCGUUAAACGCGUACGAGUUUCGAACCUUGCCCAAACCAGCCCCGUGAUAGUUCAUUGCAGUGCCGGCGUUGGGCGAACCGGUACUUAUAUAACUGUAGAUUCCAUGCUAGACAAAUUACUAUCCUCAUCGUCUUCUCGCGAAGACCACCCCACGAUCGAUAUUUACGGCCACGUUAAUCUAAUGCGGUGCCAGCGCAACUUCAUGGUUCAAACGGCUGAUCAAUACGCCUUCAUUUACGCAUGCGUGCUGGAGGCUUACGAAAGUGGAAAUACCGAUUUCCUCGCUAUAGACCUGCAUUCUCACAUACAGAGGUUAAAUCACGGAAGUUCCACGUCCGAAAAUAACGGAACGCUCUCAAUGACAGGGUUCGAGAGGGAAUUUAAGAAAUUAUCGAAUCAAAGGCCAACGACUGGCAAAUUCGUUAGCGCAAAUUACCCUAUUAACAAGCACAAGAACCGGCUAGUUAAUAUACUGCCGUACGAACACAACAGGGUUUGCCUGUGUCCCGUCAGGGGAGGUCAGCCUGGCACCGAUUAUAUCAACGCUUCCUUCGUAGACGGUUACAAAGAAAAGAACGCUUAUAUCACGACUCAAGGUCCUUUGAAAGAAACGACCGACGAUUUUUGGCGCAUGAUUUGGGAACACAAUUCUAGCAUCAUCGUCAUGUUAACCCGACUCAAAGAAAAUGGACGGGAAAAAUGUAACCUGUACUGGCCAGUAGAUGGGCCAUCCAUCCACGGUCCUUACACCGUCGAACCCGUAGCUGAAUACGCCAUGCCGGGUUAUUGUCUUCGGGAAUUUAAAAUGUCGGUCAUUUCACAGCACGCUAUCAAUCAACCUCUUUCGGAAGGCAAUCAACCAAAAAUUUCUAGCAUUUUGCCACCCUUUCCGUCCGCCACUACUCGCACCAUACGACAGUUCCAUUUCGAGCAACACGAUCCCCGAGCAAAUGAUGGAGAAGAUACUAUGGCCGAGAUAAAGUAUUCCACACUUCCUAGAGGAGACUUGUUGGAACAAGAUGAAAAUACGAGCCAUUACAAUUUCGCUUGUUUGAGUCCCAAACUCGUGGGAGCGGAACCUCCCAUGGAAGAAUGUUUUGUCGAUUUCGUGGGCCAAGUUCACAAAACGAAGGACCAGUUCGGGCUAGACGGUCCUAUCACUGUUCAUUGUAGCGGAGGAGCUGGAAUGACGGGGGUUUUUUUAGCCGUAUCCAUAGCAGUUCAUCGCAUGAAAUACGAAAGCAAAGUCGAUAUCUAUCAAACCGUCAAAUGGCUGAGGGCUCAACGACCGUGCAUGGUUCAAACCUUGAAUCAAUACAAGUUCUGCUACAGAGCCGCCUUGCAAUAUUUGAGAUCCUUCGAUAUGUAUGCCCCUUAGAGCUGUUUUUAGGAUCGUUUUAUAUAUAAAAAACACUCGCGAAUCAAAGUGUUGCGAAAUUUAUUAUUUUUUGUAUAUUUGUAUUUUAUUAUAUACAUCUAUCGUUAAACCACACAAAUUUAUUCGUCGAAGAUGACAUUUAUCUGAUUUUUAAGUAGAUCAAUAUAAAAUAAGAU